UAUAAACAACCACUGCGGUUUAGACGUCAGUCAAUACAGACCCCUUAAUGCCCAAGAUGCCUCCCAUCAAAAGAAAAAGCACGGAGGUAACUAUGGCAAAGAAACUUAGUCUCCGGCGGGACACCACAGUAACGCUAGCGUCAUCAGACGAGUCAUCUUCUCCCGCUUCUUUACGGUCUUCAGCAUCCAUAAGGCGCACCACCUCAAAAUUGUCUGUAAAAUCUUCAUCCUCUAUCACCUCACUUAAACGAAAAGCGACACUUGUUUCGGAAGGACCCGGUAUCUAUUCCUCAGUAAUCGCUCUUGACUCUGGCUCUUGUGUCGGGAAAACCGGAAGUCUUAAAGCAGCUUCAAUUGGAAAGGAUUGCGAUGUUAUACCGGUUCCCCCACCGGUUUCUAAACGGCGAAGUGGAAGUAGGACGUCAGCAGCAGUUAAUACCCUGCGUAAAUCUGUGUCCGAGUUGAAAGAUCUGAUGGAGACAACAUCAGCAAUGAAAAGUUCUCUAUCAAAAAGAAAGUCAUCCCUCGUUAAAGAACCAUCCCUGACAAAGGCAUCGCUCUCCAAACGGAAGUCCAGUGUCCCUGGCCUAAAUCCCGGCACCGAUUCAACCACUAGUCCACCAUUACCACCCGGAGGUCUACUUGAGAUCGCUAUUUCAUUUGACACCACGGGAUCUAUGUAUGGCUCUCUGGAGGAAAUUCGUGGCAGGAUAAAAGACAUGGUUCAGCGGUUACAGGCAGACAUCCCGGGAAUCAGGAUAGCUAUAAUCGCACAUGGCGACUAUUGCGAUGCCAAAAACUACAUCGUAAAAUGGAUUGACUUUGGGGCAACUGUCCCUGAGCUGUGUGAUUUUGUAGAAACAGUCAAACGUACCGGUGGCGGAGACGCGGACGAAUGUUACGAGCUGGUGCUACGGAGGGCGCGAGAAGUGUUGUCAUGGACACCAGGCAGCCAGCGAUCUCUAGUGGUGAUAGGAGAUAGUCCGCCUCAUGAACCGGGGUAUACGUAUGACGGCUUUGUGAACGACAUAGAUUGGCGAGUGGAGGCUCGAGAGCUUAAGAAAAUGGGUGUCAAGAUAUACAGUGUAUAUGUUACACAGACCACGGUGUUUCGUAUAAAUCGAAAUUGGGGCACAUCUUUUUAUGAAGAGAUUGCGACAGUAACAGGUGGAAGAGUUAUCCCUCUUGAUAAGUUUGGAGUUCUAUUUGACAUGCUCAUGUCUAUCUGCUAUAAGGAGAGUGGAUCCGACUUGUUUGAUGCUUAUGAAGCUGAAGUUAUGGAAAGAGACAAAGGCAAAACAAUGGACACGACAUUAGCUGGAAUAUUCACAACCCUCGGGGGCAAGAGGAGCAGUGUUAAGUUUGCCCCGACAUUGCCAGGAAUGCUUCCUAUGCCCGGAACAGGAAUGCGUCCAGGCGGACCUGCGAUUCCAUUACCCUGGUCAGGGAAGUUUCCAGUAGGACCUGCGCCUCCAUUACUCGGACCAGGGAAGUUUCCAGUAGGACCUGCACCUCCAUUACUCGGGCCAGGAAUGUUUCCAGGAGGACAUGCGCCUCUCGGGCCAGGAUUACUGAAAUUAGGACCGACUGGACUUUUCGGAACAACAACCACUCCUACAUCUAAAUCUGCAAGGAAACGGAAUAAAACGACAAAAAAGUCCAAGAAAUCGAAAUCAAGAGCUGAGUCAGGAGGGCGAUUAAACAGAGAAAGUCUCACAGACACCAAAUUCAUAAAGGGACCCCUGAAACAACUGGUGUGGUCGAAAUGGAUGGUAGGCAUUUCCAAAACACAGUCUGUGAUCGGACCCGACAUCGCCUUUACCCGUCGUGAUUGGUGUGACGCCUUUUGCAACGGAGGGGUUCUUAAAGGGAAAGAUGUGUGUGAUGUCCCCGCUGUGUACGAGUUUGCUGUAUCUUUGAAUGGAAAGAAGAAAUCGUACCCCGUUUACUACAGAGUAACAACAGGAGUACCACACGGCAGCACUUGGUUCAACUAUCUCUUCGCACAGAAAAAGGUUCGCCGCGUCAUCAAAGAUGUGGUGAAUACUCACACUCAAAUCCUGGUAAGGAGGGGCCUGUUUAAAAGGAAAAGAUCUUCAUUCAUCCAGAAAGUGUCCCAAAUGAUGUUUAAGAAGUAUGAUUAUGCAUGGACCGGGCGUAAAGAGAGAAAGAUGAAAUUCCGAAGCCUAAAACGAUGCGGGGUUCCCAUUUCCAGCAAUUCAUACUGAACAACAAGUGGGGUAACCAUGACCAUUUGUAUGACAGCGACUCAUACUGAACAACAAGUGGGGUAACCAUGACCAUUUGUAUGAAAUCGACUCAUAUCGUAUUUGACAUCCGAGAUCCUAACACUCACUUGUACAUUUAUUGUUUGUUUUCUGAUAACAUAGCCAUGUUUAUUUAUAUUUCGUAUUUGGUAUUUGCACUAGUGGUCUCUGCACUUGUGAUUAUUAUUUCUUGUUAGACUAAUAAGUUACGCAAUAACCUUUUCGUGUUGUAUUGGUAAAGUACUAACUUGGUUUUUGUGUUGUUUUGGUAUUUAUAUACAGUAAUCCUUUAUCUAUUAUCAAAGAAACGAUAUUAUUUGGACUCUCGAAGAAACUAUGUACCUCAACAAUUAAUCAUAACAUUAACUAACUGUUUAUCAAAUAACAAUCGCAUCGCGCUAUCAGCGUUAUGAUUAAGGCACUUCCUUAAUUGUAUGUCUCUUAUUCAAUUUCGGAAAGACCAGAAAUUUUUUAACAUCCGGGUCUUGCCUUUAGUUUUGUGUUGCAGUGUCUUACUGUCCUUCACUUUUUUGUGUUUCUUCAUAGUUGUUGUUAUCAUUGAGUUCAAUGUUGACCUUGAUGAUUGACCCUGCCAUACCUUUUUUGUGAAGAAAUGCUUAUAAGAAGGAAUAGCAAUACAGAAGUUGGAUACUUUGGACUAUUACCACAGGACUACUCUUUACUUAAAACGUUUACAGUCACUAUUAAAAGUGUUUUCUUUUUAUUUAAACAUAUUUUUAUUUGCAUCUUAUAUACAAAAGGGAUUGGGCACAAGUUGUCCAAC